AUGGCUUCAUCAUCUAAUGAUCUUGGUGUUAAUGAACAUCAUGAAGAAAUUAUUCGUCAUUAUAUGCGUUAUUCUCUCGAACAGAAAACUGUUGGUCUUCGAUCAUUUCAUGCUGCUGCUGAUGAUUUUAAAAAUCAACGUCUAUCAGAUGAAGCAAUGAUGACUGUUAAUGAAGUAAAUGAUUUUCUUGAUGAAUUUAUUGACAUAUUAGAAAAAGAAUUCGAACAAGAAUUAACACAUCAAUAUCGUGUUAAUGCUCUUUUAAUAAAACAACUAUUUCAACAAGCUGAACAAUGGUUUCUCAAAUUAAAUCCCAAUUUUGAUCAAUUAGAAAAUCGUCGUUUAAUUGAUCUUAUACGUGAUUAUGAACAACAACAUUUAAAUACAGUGAAAACUAAAGGAAAUAAACAAAUGAAUAGUCUUAUGGAUCCAAUUAAUGAUACAAAAUCAACUAUUCUACUUAAAACUGAAAUACAAAAAUUACAGCUAUUAAAUGAACAAUUAAAAAAACGUUUAUCAAAGUAUGAACAAGACGAUGAACUUUUAAAUCAACAGUUAGCAGAAAGUACACGUUUAUUUAAUAAUAAAGAAGAAACAUUUUCUCAAAAAUUAGAAUCAAAUGAAAAACGUUUAAAAGAUGUUCAACAAGCACUUUUAUUAGCUGAAAAUGAAUUGGAAAAGAAAUUUAAUCAAACUAAUACAUAUAUCAAUAUGAAAAGAAUUAUUGAACAAAAAAAUCAACAAAUUCGUCAAUUACGACAACAAUUAGCUGGCAACAAUUAUGAAAGAGAAGAGGAAGAAGAUUAA